CAAAUUUCUUUGCCACAGAGUUGCCGGCUAGCUCUCUUCACGGAGGAUCUUUGGGAUAAAGAUUUAAGGGUUUCAAAUCUCUUAUUAGAGCUCUAAUGGCAUACUCCAUUGGGCGAAUUUCUAGGUUUUCAGUUUUCAGUUUUCAGUUUUCAGAUUUGAGAGCUCUCUUCAACUUCAAUGGACCAUAGAUUGAAAAGUUUCUGGGGUUUAAGCGUCCAUUUUUACAGUUGUAAUGAGCAUUGUGGCUCGAGCAGAAUAGCUAAAAUGCUGACUCUUCCAUCUAUGGAAACCCCAAUAAAACCAGUCUCUCUCCAUAAAACCCAAUUUUGUUCACCAUUUUCUUCAAUGUCUGCCUUUUCUCUCCCUGCAACUUUCAGAGUUAAACAAAGGGCUUCUAAGCUUUUUGUCAUGCCUCGAAUCCGAGCUCUAGAUGCUGCUCAGCCUUUUGAUUACGAGGCCAGGAUCAUGGAGGCGCAUGAGAAAAGCUCAAAACUCAAGAUUGGUAUAGUAGGAUUUGGAAAUUAUGGCCAAUUCCUUGCAAAAGCCCUAAUUCGUCAAGGUCACACUGUUCUCGCUCAUUCUCGAUCUGAUUACUCUGAUAUCGCUGUGAAAAUUGGGGUUUCAUUCUUUAGAGAUCCGCAUGACCUUUGUGAAGAACACCCAGAAGUGAUCUUACUUUGCACCUCGAUCAUUUCCACUGAAUCAGUGUUGAGAUCAUUACCAACACAGAGAUUGAAGAGAAACACUCUAUUUGUUGAUGUUCUCUCUGUUAAAGAGUUCCCCAGAAACCUAUUUUUACAGAUUUUACCUCAAGAGUUUGAUGUUUUAUGUACCCAUCCAAUGUUUGGACCUGAAAGUGGAAAGGAUGGGUGGAAAGGAUUGCCAUUUGUUUACGAAAAGGUUCGAAUAGGAAGCGAUGAAUAUAAGGAAGAUAGGUGCCAAAAAUUUCUCGAUAUUUUUGCAAAAGAAGGGUGUAGAAUGGUAGAAAUGUCAUGUUCGGAGCACGACCGCCAUGCUGCUGAAUCUCAGUUUAUAACACAUACAGUGGGCAGAAUGCUUGGAAAAUUAGAGUUGCAAUCAACUCCAAUCAAUACAAAAGGCUAUGAAACUUUGCUGAAUCUGGUCGAGAACACUUCAGGCGAUAGUUUCGAUCUCUAUUAUGGGUUGUUUAUGUAUAAUGUAAAUUCGACUGGGCAAAUUGAGAGGUUGGAUGCCGCUUUCGAUUCAUUGAAGAGGCAGCUCUAUGGGCAUUUGCAUGACAUUUUGAGGAAACAAUUGUUUGGUAAUGGGAAGGGAUCGGAGAAUUUGCAAAGACUUGCACCACCUGCCGUCUCUCGAAAUGGGUAUGGACAGGAAGCCACGGCAUGUGAGGUGAAGCAAUAGGUUGAUGUCGAGAUGAUCAAUUGGAGGAUACUUGGGCAUCAAAACAACCUCUUUUAGUAAAAUUUUUGGGAUAGGCUCGAAUUUGAUUGUUUAGAGCCUCGGCUCUAUAUAAACUUUCCCCUUAUGGGGUAAUAUACAUGGGGUUUUUUUCUUCUUAC